AUUUACCCAAGAACGACUACUCGCGAAGAUCAUUUUGUGUGUCACGGUCUGGAAAGGUGUGUUAAAUAGCGACGAUCGUCAACAUCAUCUGAGCUCGGAAGUUAAAUAUUUCAGAAUUCUCGCCGGAUGUGGUGGAAAUAUGGAAUCAAGGCCGUUUAAUUUCAACGUGGGUGUGUUGGGACACGUAGACAGUGGGAAAACCAGUCUGUCAAAGGCGUUGAGUUCUGUUGCAAGUACUGCAUGUUUUGACAAAAACCCACAAAGUAAAGAAAGAGGUAUUACCCUUGACCUGGGCUUUUCGUCAUUUUCAAUACAACUAGAUGAUGAUUCAAAAGAAAAGUUUGGUGGACACGACCGAGUUCAAUACACACUUGUCGACUGUCCUGGCCAUGCAAGUCUUAUCAGAACAAUUAUUGGAGGUGCACAGAUAAUAGACAUGAUGUUACUGGUGGUGGACGUUGUGAAAGGAAUGCAGACUCAAACAGCAGAGUGCCUUGUCAUCGGAGAGAUACUCUGCCACAAAAUGAUUGUUGUGAUAAACAAGAUGGAUCUUUUACCAAGCGAAAAAAGAUCUGCUAGUUUUGAGAAGAUGAAAAAGCGCAUGCUGAAAACGCUUGAGACAACACGUUUCAAAGACAGCCCAGUAAUAGCAGUAUCUGCAUGCACAGGAAGCAAGGACAAUGAAAUGACAUCUGAAGGAAUGAAUGAUCUAAUCUCCUUGUUGGUUCAACACACAUAUUUACCACUUCGCAGCCCACUGGGAAACUUCAUCUUCUCUGUCGACCAUUGCUUUGCUAUCAGAGGACAAGGGACUGUUCUUACAGGCACUGUUCUAGCUGGAAAAGCCACAGUGGGUGAUGCUCUUGAAUUCCCAACUAUGAAAGUCAACAAGAAGAUCAAGUCAAUACAGAUGUUUAAGAAGCCAGUAGAUUUUAUUCAACAGGGUGACAGAGCAGGUGUGUGUGUAACUCAAUUUGAUCCCAAACUGCUUGAGCGAGGAUUUGUAUGCACCCCAGGAAGCCUCUCAACAACAGUGGCAGCCCUGGUAUCAAUACACAAAAUAUCUCACUUCAAAGGGAAUAUUUCCAACAAAUCCAAGUAUCAUAUAACUGUAGGACAUGACACCGUAAUGGGACAUGCUUCAUUCUUUAGAUGCAGUCAAGAGAAAGAUAGCCCUGAAUUGAAAAGAUUCAACUUUUCACAAGAAUAUGAAUUCCAAGAAGAAGUGUCUGCAUCCUGUGAUACAGUGGAGCAGACAAUGGACAAUUUUGCUCUUUUGCAGUUUGACAGACCUGUUGUAUGCUUGCCAUCAGCUAUUUUCAUCGGCUCCAAGUUAGAUUCUGAUGUUGAUGCAAAUGUCUGUCGCCUUGCGUUCCAUGGGAACAUAUUAGAGUCUUUUGCUGAUGCUGAUUACCUGACAACAGUUUUACCCAAAGUGAAGGUUGUUAAGGUGAAAAGACGGGAAGGGCUGAUGGAACGAGCCACAGAUAAGUACACAGUGAUUGCCAAAAACCUGUUCAAGAAGGAAACCGACAUAACUUUGUUUACAGGGAUGCAGGUUGAACUUUCAUCUGGACAGAAGGGAACUAUACAAGGGAGCUUUGGAAAAAGUGGCAAAGUGAAGAUACAACUUUCAGAGGGGUUGAGCGAAGAGGUGUAUGAGAUGUACUGUAACAGCAAGAAGAAGAGCAAAGAGGACAUUGCAGUAGAUACUCCAGCAUCUGUCAAGGUCAUCCUCAACUUCAAGAGAUAUGUCUAUGAUCCUCUGAAAGUGAUGAAACAAUGAUAGUUGGUCAAAGAUGAGAUUCUCUUCAUUGAUGAUAUUCAUAUACUGCCCAUUGAAUUAUUAUCACCUUGUAUGAAGAAACAAAAUCUUGUUGAUUAGAGCCACCAUAUCACAAAGGAAAUUCAAAGGAGGUUGCCCUCUGUACAGUGCUGAGCAAUAAUUUAUUUACAGUAUUGCACUAUUCAAUUGUCAGAAAUAAGUGUUUAAAAAUAUUUAAAAACUAUACUGUGUCAAAUUAAAAACUUCACAUUUUUAAAAGUAAUCCCAUAUAUGAUAUACAAUGGACAAAUGUAUCAGAAAAGAUAAUUUUUAAUCAUUAAUGUC